AAGCAGUGACGUAAUGACAUGGAGAAAGCCACGUGGUCUCUGACUGGCUGAGCGGGCUGACUGUCACUCAGGUGAAGAUGGCGGCUCAGGUGUGUGCGAUGCUGCUGCUGUGCGCGCUCUCCUGCGGUUCCGGUCCGGACUUGGAGCGCGGGAGGACGGCGCUGCAGCGCGUGCGAAACCUCGCGGCCCAGUCCGAAUACGGAGGGUGUUGGGCGCGAGCUCUGGAGCACCUGGACACGCGCUGCAGGGAUAUGACGUCAGAUAUCCAGAGCCGGAUGGCGCUGAGCUUCGCGUUCUGUCACCUGAGCAGCUCUGGCAGGGAUUUCCCAUCAUGCCCUGCAGGGUCAGAGGUCAGUAGGUGUACCGCCGGUAUGGACGCUGUGGCCUUUAACACCUACACAGAGUUCUUCACCCACGCUCACUCCAUCUGUCACUUCCUGCAGUCUGACACCUGGCAGAGCCGGGCUGAGGACACCAUGCACAGGUUGACUGAGAGCUCAGCAGAUGUAGCUGAACAGCUUCAGUCCACCAGGCAGAUGGCUGAGGAGUUAAUCGAUGCACAGACUGCUGCCUUACAGGUGCAGAAGGACAUCCUAAACAACGGAGAUGAGCUGAGGGUCACCCUGAGAGACUCCACCCAGGGCCUUCGGGUGGUGUUCUCUGAGCUCAGCACUGCCUCCAGACAGCAGCAGGUGGCGCUCUCUGAACUCUUCAACAGAGUUUCUUUCCUGCAGAGCUUUCUGCUAAUGGAAGCUCAAAGUUUGAGCUCCUGCUGCUACAAUGCCGGUGCUCUGUGCACCUCCUUCCUCGUCACCUCCACCCAGCGCUCCUCUCGAGCCAGAUUGCUGCUGUUGACUCUGGUGUUUGUGAACUUUUACCUGGAGAGGAGGAUCUACCUGAGUGUGAUAAGCUCUGACCACGCUGAGCACAAACACAUGGAGCUGGUUGGUGUGUAUGUGAGUGUGUUGCGGCGCCUAAUGGUGUGUGUAGCGGUGUGUGUCCUGCUGUAUGUGUGUGUUACCUUCAGAGAUCCUCUACAGCAGAGUCUUCAGCUCCUGCAGCAACUCAGAGAGACUCAGAAGAGCCUGCAGGAGGCGCUGCAGCACGCAGAGGCUUUGGGGGAGCAGCAGAAGAAGAAUCAGCUGACUGUGAAGAGGAGGCCGGAGAGGAGAAGAGAGGAAGUAGAAAGAGAAGAGAUGUGCAGUUCCUUGUUGUCUCUAACCGAAGACCAACCGGACCGGUCUCACCUCCCACAUGUUGGUUGGAGUACUGAGAGAAGGCUACGCAGUACAGUAACCAAUACCCACAAUGCCUCAGCGCAGAGUCCCUCCAACCAGAAGGCUUCUGUGAGGUCAUGCAGGCGUUCCCGUGGCUCUGCCUCCUCCCCGCUGGUCUACAGCAUCCUCGUGGAGGAAAACGAGCCUCGCUACAGCCUGAGGAGCAGAUCGGAGGCUCGCUGAAGGACCGUCGCUCGCUGUUCACGUCUGUUUUUAACUUUGUGUCUGAUUAUUAAUAAAAGUUUUUAAACAAACAAAUGAAUGUGUUGAUGCAACCUAACAAUAAA